CGCAGGAUAAACAUUUCCUCUCAGAAGAGUUCAGGAAAUAAAACAUCUUAAAUCGGCGAUGAAGAAGACGUUUCAAGGAAUGUCAACAGAUGAGAAGUUUCAAAACACGCUCUUAUCAGUGUCAACGCGCUGAUGUGCGGUCCAAUGACACCGUUACUGUGCUUGGUUCAGAUUUAACACCAUCACACCCAUGGCAGCAUGUUUGAACAUUUCUUUCAUCAAAUUGACAGAGAGCUUGGACCCCUUAAUCCUUACUGGUUUGAGGAGUUAACUGUAAGAGCUUCCAGAGAUGAAGGAUGUCCUGAAAGUUCUAAAGCUGAGGAGAAUGAGACCGUCAAAGCACCAGAAACAUCAGUCCUGGCCAGUCAGCUGUUUUCUACACCCAGAAUAUUUAAGCAGCGACACUUCCCACUGUCCCCUGAUUCCAUUCCUAAUGAAAAGUCACCAAAUGAAGGGGCUAAUGGAGAGUCGUCAGCUUUUCCCUGGACAGAAUCAAGCCCUUGUUUGUUUGGCUCAGCCAAAGAUAGUCCAAAAUUUGAUCGAUCCUCUGAAAAACAUAGAGAUUGCUUUGGCCUUCUGGAUACACCAAAAAGAUCUUUGGCACGAUCAGCAAAACAGAUAUCGGAAAGCCUUGGGGCACAAAUCAACCCUGACUUAUCCUGGACCAGCUCCUUUAAUACACCACCAUCUAUGACUCCCACCUUGAUAUUGCCAACAACAGAGGACCGGGUUCCAUCAGCAAGUAUCCUCAAAGACAAGGAAUCAGUUUUUGUGCGAAAACUGUUUCCAUCUCUCUCAAAAGACUCUGCAAAUGCUGUAACACUUAAACAUGAUGUUGUUACCAAGAGUGAGUCCAUUGAAGCUGAUGAUUUGGGAGAAAAAGUGUGCUCUCCAAAUGAAUCUCUUGAUAUAAGCAGUCUAUGGAAGCAGAGGGUUCCCAAUGCUAUCGAGGAUGGGGAUGUCCGCAACACUGUACAGAAUGUUCUUGAUGGUGCUGAGGACGUUUUGUCAAUAUUCUUCAGCAACAACACUUCAGCUCUGCGAAAAAUCAAAUCUAAAGAGAGGAUCAGGAAGAGGAUAACCAAUUCCUUAAAGGAUGUCAAAUCAGUUUUUCUAACUUCAGAGCCAGAACAGAAAUUAAAGGCUGAUACUCAAUCAAAAAGCCAGAGCAAAAAUGAUAAUUCCAUUCAAUGGACUCCACUAAGUUUAUCAGAGUCCAUACUGACUGAAGGUUGUUCAAGUACCUCUUUGGUAGACAAUAACAACACGGUGGCACCCAGUGAAACCAAUGAUGGUACUGUUUUCAAAUGCACUUCAGAAAGUAGCCAGACUUAUUCACAGAGUGUUAGACUCGAGUCUUCCCCUGAAGGAGCUCAGUGUCAGAAGUUUUUGUUGGACAAAUCGUCUGCUUUCAUGCUUAACAAAAGGCCGAGGAAAUUUGUGUAUCAAGUGGCAAGUUUAGAUAUGACAACCACUGUAACUGGGAGCAAAGCAUAUCUGCCAAAAUGUUUGGACCAAACACUUAAAGAGAGUCCUUCAGUGGAGGAGCUAUCUGUGUGCCUUAAUAAAUCCAGUUUCGCUAAUGAAAACCCAAUUGCAGAUCAAACACAGUUACAAGCUGUUGAACAGUUAUCUUUAGAACAUCUUGACCACGGUUUGGAUAUAACACAGCUUUCCAAGGCAUUUGCAGAGGAAUUCACACAAGAAAUAAUGGCAGGAGGGCUGCUUAACAUGCUGGUACAAAAUGACCAAAAGGUCCAGGUGCAAUCUAAAGCAGAGCCCGAGCCAAAAAACAAAGAUGGCAAUCACACUGACAUCUCUAAUUUGGCAGAUAUUUCUGUGAACUCCCCAAACAAGUCAACAGCUAUGACAACCUUUGAAAUCAGUCAUGACAGUGGCUGCCCCACCACUUUUUCUGAUUUGGAUCGUACAACAGCCUCAUUUGCAGACAUCAACGAGCCUUUUCCUACUUUUAAAACAGCAAACAACAAAUUCAUUUGUAUACCGAAUGAUGCUAUAAUGAAGGCAAAAGCAUCAUUAGAUGAAGCUGCAGGGGAUGGUUUUGUCAAAACCUCAAAUCAAACAAAACCAAAACAUAUUCACGCGACAGAAAAGAUGUGUAAAUCCGUUUCAAGAAGCACUCCUGCAACAAGAUCCCCUGUAGGACAAUCUAUCUUUCCUAACCAUACAUCAGGUGUGUGUGUUAGUGAGGCUUCAAAGACUGACAGUCCGAAGAAGUUUGAAAUGAAUAUUUCAAAUUGCUAUUUACCACAGUCAAAUGAAACUGAUUAUAAAACUGGUUCAAAGACAAUUAUUACAGUUUCAGAUGCUGGUCUUCAAACCCAGUCUCUUUCGAAAGAGAAAUUGGGGAGAAGUUCAGAGUCAUCAAAGCCCAUUCAUCAAAACGUGGAUUUCGAAAGAAGUGCUGACAGACAUGCUGUGUUUGACAUUAGCAGCACACAAAAACCCACCGCAGUGGACUCCAGCUGUGACGAUCUUGAAGAAAAUGGUGCUUUGACAGCAUCCCAGAAGGCUGAUGUUACUGAAUUGUGCAGUCUUUUAGAGGAAGCAAAUAGUCAGUUUGAAUUUACCCAGUACAAAUCAACAAAUCUUGGCUCACGCAACCGCACUACAGAGAGAGAAUGGGAUCCUGAUAUACUCAACGACAUUGACUUUGAUGAUAGUUUCAGCUGUGAUGUUGUCAAAGUAAAGCAUCCAAGCAAGACAAAUGCUUCUUCACUAAACACUUCUGAUCUGAUUUCUGUCAGUUCAGAUCGGAGUUCCUUUAGAUCUGAUCUGAAAGAAAAGCAAAAUGUUGCUGUGGCUUUGUCAGUGACUGAAGGAAAUGCUUUAGUUGAUGGAAUGAGGAAUGUCCUGUCCAAAUUCAGUGAUAAUUCUCAAUUCCACACUUUUGGUUUUAAAACUGCUAAAGGGAAAGCUAUAAGCAUCUCAGAAAAGAGUUUAAACAAAGCUAGGCACUUUUUUGAAGAGGACAAUAAAGAAGCCACAUUUAGUGGAGUAAUAAACAAAGAGCAUUCUAAAACUGAACCAUCAGUGAAAGCUUGUAUGAACGCAGAAAAUAACAACACUCAGACAAAACAAAAUGUAAGUUUCAGCUGUGGAGACGUAAAUGCUGCUCAUAACAUGAUACAUUGGCAAGAAGCAGGAAAUGCAGAAACGGAACCGAAUUGUUUACGUGAUAAAACAAAUGUUGUUUCUGUUGACUUAAAUAGCCGUUUUGGAUUUAGUACAGCUAGGGGAGCAAAGCUGAAAGUGUCUGAAAAGGCUCUUGAGCAAGCAAGAAUGCUUCUUGAUGUUGACAGCACAGGCGAGUCACAAACCCACAGACUUGUUCCCCAUUCUUCUGGAAAGCAUGAUUCCUCUAUGCAGUCAACUAGACUUCAGAAAACAAAAGGUCUUUGUGGAGGUGAAACCUCUAUAAAAAUAAGUCAGCCAGACUCUGGGGAGGCAAAUCAAAUAUCUGAUGGUGCAGAUAUUACUACAUUUAACAGUGAGAAUGUUUUCCAAGAACAGAAAUCUAGCAAUGCUGCUAAAGAGGUUUGUGAAAAGAUUUCUCCCUCAGAAACGUUCAUGCCUCAGCCACGGCAAGGCUACGGCUUUCAGACCGCUAGUGGGAAAGGAGUUUCUGUUUCAUCCAGCGCCCUCAAGAAGGCAAAGGCCAUUUUCAAAGACUGUGAUUCAAACAUUGACAACUUGCAAUCUGAGAAUAUGGAGGAAAUGAAGACCAAACUAGAUGUUGAAACGAAUGCAUUGAUUUCAAAUAGUAAACGUGUGACAUUUUCAGAUAUAGAAGAGUUCAAAACUGAUUUGAUUAACAACUUGGACCAGGAAGCCCCUCAGAAAGAAGUUUGUGAACUUAAAGGCCUUCAAGGUGAAUUCUCUAAGUCUAAGAUUUCUAGUAAUGGCAACUGUGGUUUCAGUACAGCAAGUGGUAAGAGGGUGUCCGUCUCAGCUGAAGCACUACAAAAAGCAAAGGAGGUGUUGUCUGAAUCAGUUGAUGGUUUAUCCUGUGCUAAUGUUUAUAAAAAGACAAAUCAGGUUGUGGAUAUCCAACUGGAUUCUAGCUCCUCAGAGAAACAUAAAGGGUUCUGUACAGCCAGUGGAAAGAAGGUGGCUUUCUCUGCUACUGGGCUGCAGAAGGCAAAGAAUCUUUUCAGAGACUGUAAAGAGGAGAGUUUAUCUACUGAAGAUCUUCAGCAACAAAACUAUAAAGGUCUCAGCAAUGUCUCAAUGGUGGGUUGCAAUGGCAUUUCCUUCAGCCCUGAAGCUGCGAAUUCUUCUGGAAAUAAUGUAGUAUUUUCUACAGCAGGUGGGAAGAAAAUUUCUGUGACUGCCCUGCAGAAGGCAAACAGCCUCUUAAAAGAUUGUGAAGAGCAGAGUUUAGCUUCUAGGACUCUUACACACCAAGGCUGCAAAGGCUUCACAACUACCAGUGGUAAAAAUGUUAUGGUCUCUGAAAAAGCACUAAGUGAGGCUAGAGCAGUAUUUGCAGGCUGUGAUGAGACUUCUUUAAGUCUUGAGCUUAAAAAGUCUUCAAAAAACAAUGUAGGAUUUUCUACAGCAGGUGGAAAGAGGGUGACCAUCUCUGAUACUACUCUGCAAAGGACUGUGAACCUUUUUGAAGACUGUGAGGAGAGUUUAGGUUCUUUGAGUCUUAAGCACCAAGGCUGUAAAGGCUUCACUACUGCCAGUGGUAAAGGUGUUACUGUCUCGGAAAAAGCUCUGAGUGAGGUUAGAACAGUAUUUUCAGACUGUGAUGAAGCCUCCUUCAGUCAUGAGCCUAAAAAUAUUUCGGGAAACAAAAUAGGAUUAUCUACAACUGGUAAGAAGGUGAAUACUGACCUGGAAAGACCAAAAAACAACUUUGAAGAUUGGGAAGAAGAGAGUUUAGCUUCAAGGAAUCUUAAGCACAAAGGCUGUAAAGGCUUCACCACUGCCAGUGGUAAAAAUGUUACUGUGUCCGAAACGGCACUAAAUGAGGUUAGAGCGGUAUUUGCAGGUUGUGAUGAAGCCACCUUCAAUCUUGAGCCUAAAAAGUCUUCAGGAAACAACAUAGGAUUUUCAACAGCAGGUGGGAAGAAGGUGACCGUCUCCUCUACUGCUUUGCAAAGGGCCCAAAUUCUCUUUAAAGAUUGUGAAGAAGAAAAAGAGGAAUUUGAAUCAGAGAAAUCUCCACUUCCAACUAAGAGUUUUCAUGCAAGAAGUGAGGACAGUGUGGAUGGAAACCUUAAGUUUGAGCAAAUAAACAAGAAAAAUUCCAGAUUAAGCACUGAUAGUCGUAAAGUUGUAUCUGUAACAAAAGUGACCAUGGAGGAAACAUCAACAUUUUUCAAAGAGUUUGAUAACCAAGUUACUGCUACUGAUAACCAACUGCUACUAAGGGAUUCCUCAAAACAUUGCCCUCAGCACAAAGACAGACAAACCAAAGCCACUCUACAUCCUAAAGCAGCUCGUAAUGAACCUGCACACUUAGACUUGCACUCUUUGGAUUUUAACAGUUGCACAGACACUCAGCAGAUGUACUUUGAGCAGGAAGCAAUGGCUUGCACUAAAGCUCUACUGGAAGAUGAUGACUUGAAUGAAUCAGCUGGAUUGAUUAGUUCAGAGGACAUUGAUAACAAAAGAAGUCCAUCUUUUCGUCAUACACAGACAAUGGAAUCUGUUGACCAGAACAGGAAGAGGAAAAGUCAGGUUGAUGCCAGCUGUGUUACAGAUUCAGGUCAGCCUCCUUUGAAAAGACAACUUCUCUCUGAGUUUGACCGGACAUUACGUGCAAAAACCUCUGUCCUCACACCACUAAAAAGCUGUCCAAAUGGAACUCUAAAAGACAGACGUGUAUUUAAAUAUAAUGUCCACCUCAAGCCGUAUGUCACGAGUCCAGUCUUGCUUCGUGUGGACCAAAAGUCCAACAACAUUGAAGAAAAUUGUUCUACUGAAUCUGUCCAAAAGAGAUGCAUUUUGUAUCCUAUUGGAGGGGUAUUCAAUCCCCCUUUUCAAAAGGAUAUGAAUUCCGCAACAUCAAACAGUCAGGAUGCCUCUAAAGUGUCCAGUGGUAUUGGUCUAUCAUUUAAUGUAGUAAACCAAGAAAAAAAUCCUAAUAGCAAGGAAAUUGACCAAAUUAUAGAAAUUUCUAAAUCACAUUGUGACCGUGAUAAACAAUAUUGUAAUGAGAAGAACCAAGAUUCUAAGCCUAAAUCAAUCUCUUCAGUGCAAAGCACACCAUUGAACAUUGGGAACUUUGACAAAAAAGCAUUUCAUGAGUCAUUGCAGCUAGCCAGAGAUAUGCAAGACAUGAGGCUCAGAAAGAAGAAAAGGCAGACUAUCCAUCCUAUACCUGGCAGCCUUUACCUUGCUAAGACUUCUGGUGUUUCCAGAAAAAGUCUGAGAGACGCUGUGGGAUGUACAUGUCCUGGUCAAUACGCACAGGACGAGUUGUAUCAACAUGGUGUGCAUCACAAAGUCUUAGAAGUAACCAGUGAAAAUGCUGAAUCAUUCAGAUUUGACUGCAGUGACUACUUCAAACAUGAGCUCCUCAUGGAGUCUAGAGCUGUGCGGCUAGCAGAUGGAGGCUGGUUGGUUCCAGACAGUAAGGGUACUGUUGGCAAAGAAGAAUUCUUUAGUGCAUUAUGUGACACCCCUGGUGUUGAUCCCAAACUGAUCAGCGAUGCCUGGGUGUUUAACCACUAUCGAUGGAUUAUAUGGAAACGGGCCUCUAUGGAAAGAACUUUUCCUAAUUUGAUGGGCGGCCUGUGUUUGACCCCAGAGCAAGUACUUCUACAGCUAAAGUUCAGGUAUGAUGUGGAAGUAGACAACAGUCAGAGAUCUGCUCUCAGGAGGAUAAUGGAGAGGGACGACACUCCAGCUAAAACAUUAGUGCUUUGUGUAUGUGGUGUUGUGCAAACAUGCCAAAAUCCAGAGAAGAGCAUGAAAGAUGACAAAACUCCCAAUGCAAAGAUGGAGUCCUGUGUGAUAUGGCUUACAGAUGGCUGGUACUCCAUCAAAAGCUUGUUGGACCCUCCACUCUCUGCCAUGCUAAACAAGGGACGUCUCAAAAUUGGAGAUAAAAUCGUGACCAGUGGAGCCGAGUUGGUUGGUUCCCAAGAAGCCUGUCCUCCACUGGAAGCUCCUGAAUCUCUGAUGCUAAAGAUUUCAGCCAACAGCUCAAGACGAGCUCGGUGGGACACCAAGUUGGGGUACUAUCGUGACCCACGGCCUAUCAGGCUCCCGCUUUCAUCACUGUACACUUCUGGUGGUGUUGUGAGCUGUGUGAACCUGUUGGUGUUGAGAAGUUAUCCCACUCAGUGGAUGGAGAAGAAGCCCAAUAGUGUGUUUUUAUUUCGCAAUGAUCGUGCUGAAGAUCGAGAGGCCAGAAAACACAGCAACUCAAAACACAAAUCCAUGGAUCUCCUAAUUUUCAAAAUCCAGACCCAGUUUGAAAAAGAAAUAGAGGGUCAAAAGAAAAAGCGAGGUCAAAGGAGGACAUUUAGCCGGCAUGAGCUUGAAACCCUGCAGGAUGGGGAUGAGUUGAAUGAGGCAAUGGAGCGAGAUCCUGCUGUUGAGACCCAUCUUAGCCACAAGCAAAUGGAAGCAGUGAGUAAGUACAGACGCUGUCUAGAGGAAAAAAGACAAGCAGAGCUACAAGAGCGGGUGCAGAAGGCUGUAAUGGAGGCCCAGGAGGCUGAGGGUGGGUGUCCCAAUCGAGAUGUCACUCCAGUUUGGAAACUCAGUGUUAUCGAUGCCAAUGACCUGCAGAGCAACUGUGUGUACACACUGAAUAUCUGGCGCCCAACGCGAGAAUUGCAAGGCUUGCUAAAAGAGGGGCACAAAUACAGAGCGUAUCACCUUGCUACAUCAGAGGGGAAGAAACGUUCCGGCAUUGCUCACAUCCAGCUCACUGCCACCAAGAAAACACUUUUUCAAGAUAUUGAGGUGUCUCCGGAAUGGUUGCAUCAGCAUUUUCAUGCUCGAGAAUGUGUGCACUUCAAAGAACUUCAGAACCCCCAUUUCAGCUCACCUGGUGGGGAGGUGGACAUUGUGGGAUAUAUCGUCUCCAUAGAGGGAAAGCAAGGCCAUUGCCCAGUACUGCAUCUUGUGGAUGAGAACUUUGACCUGGUCUCUGUGAGAACCUACAGUAGUCUGGAGCAGUUAGCGAUUGAAGAGCUGGUAAAACCACGAGCACUGGUUGCUCUUUGUAAUCUUCAGGUUCGACUGCUCUCUGGGCCUGUGCCAAGCCUUUAUGCAGGAGAACAAGCUUUAUUCUCCAUAAACCCCAAAGAAUCUUAUCUGCAAGAGGCUAUGGGUCACCUGAAGACGUUUGUACAGAACUAUGAGAAGUUUUUCAGCAUUGCGGAGGAGAAGGUGUCAGAUGUGGUUCCUUCAGGUGUCUUGGGUUCUUUUCAGUCUCCAAGAACUCCUGGUGUGCAGCCUAUUCCAAAAAUGAAUGGCACGGUUACCCCACAGCAGAAAAGCAGCAUUUUCUCGCCUUUCACACCACUCAAUAGAAGAACUCCUGCAUCUACAAGUAACAGUGACGUAAAAGAUCCUAAAAACUUGAAGAGAAAACGAGGUUUAGACUACCUUUCACGUAUACCGUCCCCUCCGCCUUUGAUUCCUCUGAAAACCAGAGCUUCUCCCUGCAUUAACAAAACCUUCAAUCCGCCCCGGAAAUCAGUGACCCCCAAACCUCCACAGAAAGAGUGUUCCCCAGCAUCACGUCCUCCACCAGGAGAGGAGAAGUGGGUACAUGAUGAAGAGCUGGCCAUGAUCGACACACAAGCGUUAGUGGAUGGUCUGAUGGACGACUGAGAGGAAAAGAGUGAAUCUCCUGCUGAAACACUAAAUGUGAGUUGACUCGGCAUCAUAGACACUGAGAACAAAAGAUGAUGAAGCUACUGUUUGUGCUGUGUUGGAAAAGAAAGCAAGUGGCUUGCUUUCUGGUUUACUGUGGUUCUCUGAUGGUAGUUUAUAUGAAAGAACUGCACCUUUUUACAACCAAUGCAAUCAUUUUUAAAUUUUGAUUGUACUACUGUAAUUCAGAAGUUAGUCAUGUUCAAAAAAUAUAUGUAAAGAGAUGUAAAAAUGUUUAUAUUUUAAUUUUUAUUAAAAAGAUGGAAAGUAA